AACAUUAUUAACUGUACAAUAAGUAUUAAGACACUUUGAUUGAUUAUUGUUCCAAAGGAAUUUAGUCUAGGUGCUCUAAUAAACAUAGAGUCCAUGAAAAUCUAAUUGAAGCGACUAUUAUGUCCGCCAUUUGUGACAAACGGUAUCUGACCUUAUCGUUGUCAGGCUAUUCCAGUGUGAACCUUUAAUUUAAGCUUACUCAUUUCAGUGUCACCUAAAUUCAAAAGUAAGGUCGUCGCUCGUCUGGAACGACAAUUUCUUGAAUUCCCUUCUUGCACCUUGGAGUCUUUGGAUCUCAUGGAAAGUCAGGGUCAUGCCUCAAGGUCAACGUUGUCUGAUGAAAAUGUGAUAGAAGGACGUCGCCCUUUCCAGAUAAUAAUCUGCGAUACGACGAAGGGUCCAUGUAAACUGCAACCACACUCCUAUUGUUACUAUAGUUGUUACAUCAUAACAAAUUGUAACUUGACCAAUAAGAAGCAUACUUCGUACGACCAAGGACGUCUUGGGUGGUACGAAGAACGUUGUUCUGUCAAAUCAAAAGAAAUUACGCUGCGAGCAGGGUUCGAUCCCAUUGGAUUUCAAGUCCAACGCCUUAACAACUAGGCCAUCACAGCUACUUGUAGCUAGUUACUACAAAAAAACGAUCUGGUAUGGCAUUUGUAAAAAAGAUCGCAUUAAGUGAAAAAGAGAGUAAAAAUGUUGGAAGAAAGCUUUUUAAACUUUCAAUCCUAACUUUGUUUUCUGUAAAAUAAAUAUCUGAUCAAAUGUGGAAUCAUGGGCUUUCUCUCUUGAAAGCCCGUGGUGAAAUUUAUUGAUCAUGACUUAAACUGCAGAAAAGUACAAUUUUAUCCAAUCACGUUUAAACAUUCACUUUUGAAAGUAUUGCAAAAGCUUGAAAACCAAAACAUUUAAAAAUGGAAGCUGCACUACUGUCUGUUCGGUUCUUCAAUCAUAGGCCUACAUAUACAUUUCAUGGAAAGGUAAGACAUUGCACCCUCCAGUUGUUGUAAUGUU